AUGUCUAACGCUCCAGAGUCGCCCAGGCGUCCUACGAGCGCCCACGCUUCUCAUCUCCAGUAUCCGACCCUCCCGCCGCUGACUGCCUCUGUCGAAGAGUGGUUAUCGCGUUCACGACCAGCCAACAGUAUGACGUCAGAUCGACUUGAACCUUUGCCAAAGUCCCUGAGCGAUAGCUGGGCAACUCUCAGCGUCUCAGAUCUACACUCGGAGGAUGGCAGUCACUCCGAACAAACCGAUGUGGGGUCGUUGAUCGACCAGACCACGGCCGACGAUGUGGCCAGCCUUGAUGAACGCUACAGUAGUAGCGAGGCUGAUGCUCCUAACGAAGAUCCUCGCGAAGACGAAGAUGAGGAAACAGACGAAGACGAUGAAUAUGACGAUGACGAUGAAUUAAUCCAUACUCGUAGAUCGUACCCAUGCAUAUUUAACCGCGAUGCUGCUAUCGACGACAGCAACAUGACUACCAUCACCGCUCACCGACAGUCUGUCGACUAUUCGAUCGAGUUUGAAGAGCCUGAUAAAUGGCCGGAGAUGGAGCGGGUCGAACUCAAACAUACCAUCCGCGUCUUCGAGGAACCGGCUGCAUCAGAGAUCAAGAAGCAGCUACCAUACUGCUCACCUCGAUCAAUCCUUAUGGCGUCAGUUCAACAGACCAUGACGAAGCAGAGUCUGGACUUGGACAAGCCCUUCCGUGUCUUAUAUGUUGGACAGCCGGACUGUCGCAACAUCAUCCUGGACAAAAUUGGCGAUGUGCUGGUGUCGAGCUCGUUCGCAGGAUCGCAAACCAGCUCCGCUGAAUCGUCAAGAUACCACGUUGUGCCAACAUCAUUUGGAGCUGGAGCUGUGCCGAACUUUGCAGAGCUCCUCCCCAUUCAUGUUCAGCUUGUGGUCGACGAGUGUGUGGCGGCCACCAAGUCUCAUCAGGAGAGCGGAUCCCGCACGCUACAACUUUCAUUCAAGAAUCGACCUCCGUGUCAGUCUUGGUGGGGUGGAAAUGAAUAUCACAUCUCUUCCUCAUCGGAGUGGACUCUACCAGAUGUGGCAAUCCUGUUCGUAUCGGCUCGCGAUAAUGCCACCGCCGUGCAAACUAGGCAUGCUGCCCAUAUUUUCUUAGAGAGACACGGGGUUCCCGCCAUGGUCAUCUCAGAUGAACCACUUUGGGAAAAGCCUGGCGAACCUAUCCCUCUGAACCAGAGCAGUCUUCAUGUGUGCCUGGAAUCUCGCCAUGCGCAUACCGGAGAAACAGUGGUUUUGAGACGCUACCCAAUCGAUCUGAAGACAUUUGAGAGUAUUACUCCUGGCCAGCUCAAUAGGAACCUGGCUUCGCUCAUGGAAUUUUACCCCAAGAAAACGCUGAAGGUCUCUGCUGAGACACCAAAACCAACCGAAUGCUACACGUUUGAUGACCCGGAGAAAUAUCCUCGCAACUGGGUCCCACCAUUGUAUGCUGCCCGAGCUCCUCAACUGGGUACAAUUCUGCGUCUUGCUACAUUGACGCUCGUAUCGGCGAUUGGGAUCUCUCUUGGGUAUGCGGCACUAAAGACCAUCAUCUUUUUCAUUAUGCAAUGGGUUGCUGGCUCGGCGCUAUCCCGUGGACAUACCACAGCACUGACACCAAUAACUCCCCCGACACUGGAGCAUACGGGGCACACCUCCCUUUCACUGUGGUCGUGUGAUUCAUGGUCUCUAGAUGUUACUUCUCCCGGUUGCUCCCAUAUAGCAGAGGCAACGACUCACACUGUUCCAGGCAUAGGUUUCUCUGAGCAGAAUGACGGAUUUGAAAUUCAAGUGGUUGGAGACUGCCAUGUGGCCAUCAAGCCUCCCCACAACAUUGGAUCCCACAAAAAACAGCCCCGAUUUGAUGUUAGUGUCUGUCGGAAUGGCAAAGCACUGGCGUAUGAGCUAGCUGCAUUAUUUGAUGGUGUCUACACACUGCGAUUAGACCGAGAGGAUGCGUACGGCUUGGUCAAUGUGACGAUUGUUGCCAAUUCCAAGCCGCAACUCAACCAGACGAUUAUGGUUGAUUUUGGGACGCCGUGGUUGAAGAUUGCGAAUUGGAGAAGAGCAGCUCGAGUGAUUUCUUCACAAUUUUCAAAAGACUUGCAGAUCGCUCAGACUGGGUUGUCUGAAGUGUAUGGUCGACUGUCAACAGAUCUACAAGUGAUCGUGGGAGACGUGGUCAAGAGAUCUCACUUCCUACGCGACGACGCUGAGCGUCUCCACCAUCAAAGCCUGCGCACUCGAGACAGCGUCAUGUCCAGAUCAAAGCAACUCUCAGAGGUGAUCGCUCGCAACGCCGUGCAGCAAUUCCGAAGCGUGUCUUCGGAACUACACAGUCGUUCCGUUCGUGUCAACCAAGGGGCCAGGGGAGUCCUGAAUGACGCCUGGGAUCGUCUGGAGAAGUCAGCAUCACAAGUGGACCUUCGUUCCAUGAUGGAUCGAGUUCGCAGUGCACGAUCCUCCACGCUGGAUCGGGCUCAGACCCAUGCACGUCUUUUCAUGGGACGUCAGGGAAAGGAGUCUAACCGUAAGAAUGAAGAUUCUAAGCGCUGA